UACACUGGUUGGACUGAGGUGGUGAGAGCUCCUAUAAAGUUUGCUGGCGCUCUGAUAGGAAACAUCCCGGGAGUUAUGGAUCCCCAGGUCUCUAAUCCUUCUCCAGCUCCUCUUCCUGAUUCCAGCAGGGCAUCCUUGUCAUCAGAGCUGCAGCCGGAGGUUUCUACCAGUGCUUCGACUGUGUCUUCGGCUGACCAAGUACACGCUGUUACCACCCGUGCCGGAAGGAUGAAAAGACUGCAUCCUCUGGUACUUCCAGAACUUCAGCCUCUCUCCAUGACCCCUCAAGAGUUCAACCAACUGCAAGCCUCGUGUCCUUCCUUAACUGGGGUACGACAGAAAGCCUCUACGGGAGAAGUUGAGAAAGCCAGGAACGGGUCGUCCUUCCAGUACCUGUACGUCAAUGGGCUUCUCUACCGCAAGUGCCUCACUUCUCAGCUUCCAAAUAAGGUAUGGGAGCGGAUAUCCGUGCCUACUGCCGCUCUUGUGACAAGUGCCAACGGAUGUCAUCAAAGGGCCGGGUGCGUCCUGUCCCUCUUCAGCCCCUACCUGUGAUCACCGAGCCUUUUUCCCGAGUCGCCAUUGACCUCGUUGGACCUCUUUCUCCUCCAUCUUCCGAGGGCCAUAGACACAUUCUUACCUUAAUAGAUUUUGCAACUGGGUUUCCAGAGGCCCUGCCACUUAAGGACAUAGACUCAGUAUCAGUAGCUGAAGCCUUACUAGUGAUAUUUGCACGUGUAGGAAUU